CCGGCAGAGCUGGGACUCGCCACCACCACCGCCACCGCCGGACUCGCGCAGCCCGCAGCGCUCCGACUCCUCCUCUCGCGACCGCCCUUCGCAGCGAUGGACGGAGACGGGGACCCAGAGAGCGUGGGCCAGCCAGAGGAGGCAAGUCCGGAGGAUCAGCCGGAGGAGGCGAGCGCGGAGGAGGAGCGGCCCGAGGACCAGGAGGAGGACGAGGAGGCGUACCUGGCUGAGCUGCCAGAGCCGCUGCUGCUGCGCGUGCUGGCGGAGCUGCCGGCCGCGGAGCUGGUGCAGGCCUGCCGCCUGGUGUGCCAGCGCUGGAGGGAGCUGGUGGACGGCGCCCCCCUGUGGCUGCUCAAAUGCCAGCAGGAGGGGCUGGUGCCCGAGGGUGGCACCGAGGACGAGCGCGACCACUGGCAGCAGUUCUACUUCUUGAGCAAGCGGCGGCGCAACCUGCUGCACAACCCGUGCGGGGAAGAGGACUUGGAGGGCUGGAUCGACGUGGAGCACGGUGGGGACGGCUGGAGGGUGGAGGAGCUGCCUGGAGACUGUGGGGUGGAAUUCACCCAUGAUGACAGCGUCAAGAAGUACUUCGCAUCCUCCUUCGAGUGGUGUCGCAAAGCACAGGUCAUUGACCUGCAGGCUGAGGGCUACUGGGAGGAACUGCUGGACACGACUCAGCCCGCCAUCGUGGUGAAAGACUGGUACUCAGGCCGCUGCGACGCCGGCUGCCUGUACGAGCUCACGGUGAAGCUGCUGUCGGAGCACGAGGACGUGCUGGCCGAGUUCAACAGUGGGCAGGUGGCAGUGCCCCCGGACAGCGAUGGAGAGGGCUGGGUCGAGAUCUCCCACACCUUCACCGACUACGGGCCAGGCGUCCGCUUUGUCCGCUUCGAGCACGGGGGGCAGGAUUCUGUCUACUGGAAGGGCUGGUUCGGGGCCCGGGUGACCAACAGCGGCGUGUGGGUGGAGCCUUGAGCGACCCUCCUCCAAGCUCCCUCAGCUGCCUGCAGGGGCAGGGGCUGGGGAAGAUAGGCCUUAACUUAGUGGGUAGCUUCCUCGCUUUCCUCGAGUCGCUCACCCUUUUUCUCUUUCGCCCCUUGCUGGGAGCCCAGCCCUCCCGCGGAGAGAGAGGGGUUUAUUGGAACACAUUUGCUCGUGUUUGCACCUCUCCGGCAGCUGGCGUCUAGAGUGUAAGAUGGGUGAGGGCUUGGGCCUGGGCUGGGACCACUGCUGAAUCCCCUGCUAGCUCAGUGCCUAUGUCAAAGUGG